UACGUGCGAGUUUUAUUUCUUCGUCCCGCGAUUCAGUGACGAGUACGUGUUCGUAACAGUCUCCUUUAGAUUACAAGUGAUACGUGAAUCGCACGCUGCCUCUCGACGGAUAAUAACAAGUGGCAAGCGCGGAAAACUGGCGGACAGUCGUUGGAAAAUCGACAUCGGUGAAAUACCAGCGAGGAGUAGGACUCCGAGCGUGCAUGGAAACCGGCGAAGAAGAGGGAUGAUCGUUGACACUCUCCGUGUCCACGAACGGACGACGUCGAACGUGAAAUAAAAAUUGAUCUGUCUUGGAUAUCGAGCGGCGAUCGUCGACCCGUAGAUAGCGAAUGAGUUUCGAAGCAGUGUUACCGCGUUCUUUGACAGUUCACCUGUUACAAACGGAGUCGCGGUUCAGUGUCAAUCCUCCACACGUUGAAUCGAUCGAUCUCUCGAACGUGUUGAUCGUGAACCUGUGCCGUUCCUGUGACAUCCCGCUAUUGGAUACGAGUACGUGGUGCGUGUUACAAGCAGAAAGUGUGCCGGAAAAACGCGGGUACACCGGGAAUCCCGAGGAUCCGUCGAAGUGCGCGAAACGGGGCAACGGUUACGGAAAGAUCGUUUCGUGACAUUCGAGAUACACGGCUGGCACGAACCGCGUGCGUGCAAUCGCGUUCGUUUCGAUCCCUCGUUUCGAUUUAUCUGUCCGAGCCAAUGGGACCGGUCCAUCGAGAGUGACGAACGAAGAUUCGCGAUUAUUCGUUACGUUUCGACGGAAGUGGGAUAUACGUGAGAAUCGUUUGGCACGGUGUCGCGUGUAAAAAGACCGGCGACCGAGCCUGACGAAAGAUACUUGCGGACGACGAUCCCUCGCGGCGAAGCUUGUUACACUUUUGUGAUGAAUACUCGAGUUCGGAGUGGUUAAGAGCUUUUCGAGUGAAAUCACUGGUGAAACGUUCGAAGUGGCGUGUACUUUGUGAAAAGUACUUCAUGAAUGCGACGGAAAGGUUAACCGUUAAACGUGAAAUCGAUUUCCGUUGAAAUCUGCCUCGCCGCGGACACUUUUUAAUGCCGAUCCCAGCGCGAUAAGCGACAGUAAUAUUGUGAAGCGUGGACCGUGAAACGACCUUUUCUCCUCUCGCGAACGAAAAUACGUUCGAUUGUAUGAAAGUGACCCCCAGUGCUUACAUACGUUCUAUCGUGUUCGGUGUGUUCAUCUAUGUUCCUGUAGCGGACUAUCGAGCUGACCAUGAAGGACUACGGAACGAAACCAUCGACGAUGAGGCUGAUCCUGUUUUUCGCCGUUUUUUCUGCGACGACUCUCGUAAAAGGUGAAGGAGGCCAGUACUUUCGAGUCAGGCCACGAAACAGCUCGGUCGUGGAAGGUGGUGAAGUAACGAUACCUUGCGAGGUAGGAAACAGAGUCGGCAUUGUGCAGUGGGUUAAAGAUGGCUUUGCUUACGUCAUACAACAAACCGGAGAAAUUGUUGGACACCCGAGAUUGAGACUAAUAGGAGAUCAAAACGCCGGUAUCUACAACCUGAGAAUUACCAAUGCUUCUGUGAUGGAUGAUGGCGAAUACCAGUGCCAAGUUGGACCAUUUUUACGUACCAAACCGAUCCGUGCCAACGCUCACCUCAUCGUCAUAUCACGACCGCAGAAGGUUGAAAUUAGCAACUAUCCGAACGAGGAGAAGAUCGAGGUGAAGGUUGGGGAAACGAGGCGGUUGGAAUGCAUCGUUCGAUCGGCGAAACCAGCUGCCUCGAUCGUCUGGUACCGCGCAAAUGUGCAAAUCAAAGGGGGUGACACGAUCAUUACGCCGAUUUCCAUCGAGGGUGACAAAAAGCUGCAGAAGCCUGGCGAAAAUAAGAAAGAAUUGCUCAAAUACGACACCCACGGUUCCAUUACCAUCGUCCCCACCGCGGAUGACAAUGACAUAGACUACACCUGCGAAGCCAAUCAUCCCGCUAUACCUCUCGGCUUGCCUUUGAGAGACACCAUCAAACUCUCUGUGUUUUAUCUACCUGGCACGCCGUACAUCGAGGGAUAUACGGAAGGCGAGACGGUGAAGCGUGGACAGCAGCUGGAGCUAACAUGCCGAUCGCGUGGCGGAAACCCACCUGCGCAGAUCGUCUGGUACAGGAACAACGAGCAGGUGAUGACGGUGUAUCGCACCAAAAACAGCGUCUCCGAGAGCGUAUUGUCGAUCGUCGCGAAAGCCCAGGACAACAACGCCAGAUACAGAUGCGAGGUGUCCAACAUCAUGAGCGUCGAGCCCAUGAAAGUUCACGUCGAUCUCACCGUGCUCUUCGCUCCGUCCGGGGCGACGAUCACCGGGCCCACGGAGGCGAAAGCCGACGAGCAAGUGGUAAUGACUUGCACGACUGAGAACUCGAAUCCGCCGUCGGACAUAAGAUGGAACGUCGACGGUCACAAUUUAGAAAGUAACGCCUCGAGGACCGAGCCGGCGCCUCAGGGCGGAUGGAUUACCACGUCCAACGUGACGUUCACCAUUAAUCGCACCAGCCGCAACAUCGUCGUGAUAUGCGACGCGUCGAACGUCAAACUCACGGAGAACGUCGUCAAAGCGCACACCAUAACAGUGAUUUACCCGCCGUCGCAACUGAGUAUCACCGGUUACGCGGAAGGGACGAGGAUAGACGCUGGCACGGUGCUGAAUCUGAUGUGCACCGCCAUCUCGGGAAAUCCCCCGGCCAACCUGACUUGGUACAAGAACAACAUAAAGAUGUCUGGAAUCAAGAGAUUGAGAGAUCGUCCUAUGUCGUCCAGCGAGCUGACGAUGCUCGUUAAUGCAUCGGACAACGAUGCACGCAUACGAUGCGAGGGAUCGAAUUCUGCCACCGAAAUUCCUCUGGUUGAAACGUUCACCUUAAAAGUCAACUUCCCGCCAGACAAAGUGAAGAUCUCACGGGAACCCCAGGACUUGCACGCGGGCCAAGAGGGUCGUAUCAUUUGCGAAUCGAGCAGCAGCUACCCGGCGGCAGAAAUGUCGUGGUGGAAGGGCGGUAUUCCGGUUCAGGGAACCAAAAAUGGCACUAAACCCGGCUUACACGGAGGGUAUCUGUCGUUCGUCGAACUCACGUUGGACGUCACGGAAGAUAUGAACGGCGAGGUGUACACUUGCCAAGCGAGAAACAAUCAAAUGGAGAGAUCAAUUCACGAUGCUACAACCCUGGACGUGUUGUACAAGCCGAUAUUCUCCACGAUAGAGCCCCACGAGUUAAUCGGAAUGGAAGGCGAACCGUUCGUGAUUUCUGUCUCUGCUAUGAGCAAUCCCAAUGAAAUAACAUACACGUGGACCAGAGACGGAUUGCCGUUGGUCAGCAACAGUAGGAGGAUAUCCGUUCGCGGCUCGAUGUUAAACGUUACCAAACUGGAUCGCCACGACGCUGGAACGUACAUAUGCGAAGCCUCCAACGAAGAAGGAACGACGUUCUAUCAAUUAAAUCUGACCGUUCAAUACUCUGCAAAGAUAAAAGGCACCUCGGCUUCCGGUAUAGUGUAUCCUCCAGGUGUCGAGGCAAAAUUGUUCUGCGAGGUGGAUGGCAGCCCCAUAGGAGACGAAUACGUCACGUGGCAGAAAGUUGGCUCGAACUCGGAGCUCUCCGGACGGUACUCGACCUCUUUCAUCAACAAAACUUCUUAUCUGCACAUUGAAAAUCCAGAUCAGGAAGACGUCGGAGAAUAUCAAUGCAAAGUGAACAAUGGAAUCGGCAACGUCACCUCCGAGCCUAUUCUGUUCGUCACUAACUUCAAACCGCAAAUGAUGAACACACCUCUGACGAGAAGAGCGGCCGCGAACAAGGGGAUAAACGUGCAGCUGUUUUGCAAAGCGCGUGGCUCGCCGUUGCCACGGUUCGCUUGGACUUUCAACGGGAAGACCUUGUUACCGAACGUGACGGAACACAAGUACAGCAUCACACACACGGACUUAAGCGAACUAUUUUCCGAAUCGACGCUGACCAUUCUGAGCGUGACGUCCCUCGACUAUGGGAAAUACGAAUGCCGAGCGAUGAACAGCAUGGGACAGUCGACGGAUAUCAUACAUUUGGACGUCACGUCACCGCCGGACAAACCAACCGAUCUAGAGGUCUAUAACGUUACCCACGAUACCGUCACUCUUAUGUGGAAGAGAGGAUUCGACGGGGGCUUACCGACAUCCUACCAAAUACGUUGGAGAGAGGCACUCGACUACGAGGAUCGAUACCACUAUGUAGACAUUGCCCCGGGAGUAUAUAAAACCACGAUAACCGGACUGUCCCUGGGGACUUACUAUGUGUUCAGCGUGAAAGCCAUUAACAAGAAAGGAGACAGUGGCUUCCUUCCCGAUCUUGUCAAAGUUCAGACGCUCCGGGAGGCACCACCUACCGACGUGACAUCCAGCGAGAUUAAUUCUUCCUACAUCAUCGUCAUUAUCAUCACUGUUUCCGCCUCUGUUUGCCUACUCAUUGCUGCGCCCAUAGUCUUUGCUACAUUAAAAUCGAAAAAGAAGGCUCAACGUUCCGGGCUUAACAAAUCCCAGACAGCGGAUAUGUACGCACCGUCCACCGUCAAUGGAGACACCAUGACCGGUGAAUUAAGUUCGGUAUCGGACGAGAAGAGCGACGUUAACUUCGACACUAACGAUUACGUGGACGAAGGCCGAAAAACAGCAGCUAGCACGUAUUUAAUAGAUCAAACUAUGCAAGAUUUUGGGAAAGGGAACUUGGAGAUGCAGGUACAUCAUCAGGGAACUCUUGGUCGUCGUAGCAACCAUAUUCAACCACCCAUGAGUAUGGACUCGCCGCCACAGCGAACCACAGCCAGUGGGACACUUUCUGUUUCGAAAUCGAGUUACAUCGGAAACCCAAGUCCAGCGCCGCCGAACGACGUGAACUUCUACAGCGUGGAGAUCGACAACGGACGAUACAUGGGAUACGAGACGAACCACAGUCCCAUUCCGGUGGUGGAGCCGGGCUCGGGAGCGUACUAUCCAUCCAUGAGUCCCACGGGGCACAUCGUGUCGGGCCACUUGAACACCGGAACCGGAACGCUGACGCGCAGUCGAACCUUGCCGCGUCCGGUUCCGCCGCCCGACGUCACCGUGAUGACGGCGGGAUCGAAAUCACCGAUACCGCCCUCGGUGCCCCCGCCACCGACGACCUUCGCGCGAUCGGUAUCCGGCAAUCCUCACACUCACGGCCACCCGCUGUCGACAUUCACCCCAACGCCGACCUAUUCCGACAUCGACGGCCAUCUUGUCUGAGGAUCGCCCAUCUUCGGCCCGAGUUCGGUGCGCGGCAAAUACCGCGCCGUACCACGGGACGAGACUAUUACCGUUACAGAAAGAACCACCCGGCUCUAAUCGGAAUGCUCGUGGAUAAACUGAAACGGAUUCUACGGCCUCAUUCGACGUUACCGGCGUCGACGAUCUCGGGUCAAGUCGCACGCGUGGGGAAGCUGUGCGGCGACGCUCGCGGAAGUUUCGUGUGGGUGUUCCGACGACUUCUUUGAACAUGAAAGAAAGUAAGAAGCAUGUAAAUA